AUGAGAGUUGUCAUUGCCUGCUGCUUGGUGUCGACGGCGUUGGCCGGAGUCAUUUGGCAAGAGGACUUCAACAGUUUGGACACCAGCAAGUGGAAUUUUGAGACCGGAAACAACAAUGGAUGGGGAAACUCGGAGUUGGAGUGUUAUACGACCAGCAGCAAUAAUGUGAGAGUUGAGAACGGCAACUUGGUGAUUGAGGCAAGAAGAGAGAAUGUGGAUGGAUGCUCGUUCACUUCCGGAAGAAUCCAUACUCGUGGAAAGUUUGACUUCAAGUAAGUCAGGGCGCAGCUAGCCGCAGCUGAAGUCUAGUUCAUACAAAAUUUUGGAAACUGGAUUUUUUUCAACCCACUACAUCACAUAGAAGAAUAUUCGACGACCAAAACUGUUGAAUUGUCGACUAUGGGAUUAACCGAGGGCGCAGCUUGCCGACUAAGAAAUUUGUCUAGAGACGUUUAACGGAAAUUUAACACGGCUGAAAAGGUCAAAUGUCCCAUUACGACAUUUACAAAACAGAUAUGAACGAUAAGAUUUGGUUUAUUUACUGAUGCAAGGGCGCAGUUCGCCAAAACUCAUACUUGCUAAAAGUUGGCCACAGGCUCCCACAAAUUGCUUAUGAUGGCUUGUAAAAGAAGUAAACGCCAUAAAAACAAAAAUUACCACGCCAUCUCUUUAGGUACGGCACCAUCGAAGCUAGAAUCAAGCUGCCCAACCUGGCCAACGGUCUGUGGCCCGCGUUCUGGAUGCUCGGCGCCGAAUCCAACACCUGGCCCGACCAAGGAGAGAUGGACAUCAUGGAAGCCGGCGUUGCUGAUGCUAUUGCCGCUGGCAAUGUGAACAAAGAGAUCCUCGGCACCUUCCACUGGAGCAACAACGGCCAACAUGCCCAAUACGGAACCAAUUACGUCGCUCCCAACGACUUGACCACCGACUUCCACGUCUACAAACUCACUUGGAGUCAAUCGGAGAUCAAGAUGUUCAUCGACGAUAUCCAAUACAUGGUCUUCGACAUCACUCCACUGCCCGUCUUCCAAAAGAACUUCUACGUCCUCUUGAAUUUGGCUGUCGGUGGAAACUUCCCCAAUAUUCAUGAUGCCGGAGCUGUUACUGCCCCAUUACCAGGCCAGAUGUUGGUCGACUACAUCAAGGUCACCCAGUAA